AUGGCCGUCGUGGUACCUCUAACGCCGGUGCAGCCAAUCGUGCCGCCACUGCAGCCAAAUAUUUCCAAGCGUAGCAUGGCAGUUCCGAGACGAUCUGUACCACGCGCCGUCGUGUUGUUUACGUACUGCAUCUUUGUGGUCACGGAGCUCUCGAUAGCUGCGAUCGUAGCGACUGGUGUUCAUGAUACAGCGAGUGUGGUACUCAACAGAAGACUAGCAGUUCUGGCCGUUUUUCUAAUCUUGUUAGGCUUGCUGCUGCGUAUUGUUCGAGAACAGGAACGCAGUACACGACGAGACUUCCUCACGUCUUUCCAUCUGGUCACGGAAGCCCGUCGUCUUAGCAGUGCUAACCUCGAAAUGAAGGAAGAACUCUCUGGUAAACUCAACUACGAAUUGCACUACGAAAUGGGCGACAUCCUCCGCAUUCUGUGUCAAAUCAAGGUUAAGAUGAGUGCCGCUGAGAAGCUAGAUAUCGACAAGAUUAUCACGGCCCUUGUUCGAAAUCAUGACCUGUUUGAAGUCACGCUCAGCUCAACCAUGCCUGAAUUUGAAGAAGAGGUUCAAGGCUGGCUGCAUAUGAUGGACUUCAAGGAUCACCCUGCAUCAUCUGGGGACGAUCCUGGAUUCAUGACUAAGCCAGGCAGCGAUGGUCGUCGCUCUCGGCAUUAUUCCUUGUCGAACGACAUCCUCCGGGUGUCGACGUCUCGACGUUUAAGUACUCAAAAAGGCACAAGCGAACACUUUCAAGCUAGCGACGAUGGCCUCAACCACUUGCUACGUAGCUACAGUAACCGAGACGACGCGUUCGGCGCAGCGAUUCGACCACGCGAGGAAGAUCUGUCCAACUGGCUGAUGGAUAGGCUUCAGAAUCAUUUCUUCGUUGACAUCUUCUACCUCGAGCAACACUGUUUUGCACCUCUUCAGGCGGUCUUUAUAGCCUGUGUGAAGACUAAUGGCUUGAUCGAUCGACUCGAUCUGGACGAGAAGAAGCUUGUUUGUUUUGCUGCAGCUGUGGAGGAGCGAUACAUGAACCGAAAUCCGUACCACAAUCGAGUUGUUGAUGAUAGUACACUGCUUGUGGCGCUUGUGGCGGCAGCAGCGCAUGAUAUUUCGCAUCCGGGAGUCUCCAACGGAUUCCUCAUUGCCACGAAAUCCAAUUUGGCCAUCACGUACAGUGAUGACUCGGUUCUGGAGCGCAUGCAUGUUGCGGAACUGUAUCGCAUCUUGUCCCACGUUGCAUUCGAUGUCUUUAGUAAUAUGGAAGCAGCCGAGCGCGCUGAGUGUCGUAAGAUCAUUAUUGGGCGAAGCCGAGGAGCGCAAUCACUUGCCGAUAUCGCCGCUAUGUGA